AUUGAUCGUUUCUGGCAUAUCGUCCCAAGUAACGCUUGCAUGGCACGACAGAUCCGGCGAUGGUGGAGUGAAGCGGAUGGUAUCGCUGUAUUUCAGUAUGACUAGCCAUAUUAGGAUAGCCAGGAAUAAGCACUUGCACCAUUUCUUGCAGCAUCCUGGGUCCGCAUCGUCGCCACUGUCGUCCUCGUUAUGCGAGUGCAAUGCUUGGCGGAUCAUCCGGGAUGCGCCGGACUCGCCACUUGCUCCUCUUCCUCGACUGCGUGGUUGAUUGUAAGACGGCUCAUGACUCUGUUGUUCUUCGUCGUCAUUGUUGCCAUCUUGCCAAUCACGGGGUAUAUCUGCUUGUGUUAUUUAUUUUUGGAAAAAGAAAAAGAAAAAUCCGUCAUCAAUCCCGUGCCAAGAAAGGAGACACAUCUUUGUUUCUUGAUGUGUCGACUAAACAAACUUACGAGGAUUGGUCCACUUUGAUUGUCUUCGUGGCUGUUCCGACCGUUGUAGUGGGUGUUGCGGUUGUUGUUGUUGCUGUUGAUAUUGUUGUGGUGGUGAAGAGGGGCUCACAUAGGUUCGCGACGGAUCCAGAAGACCUGGUUGCACGGUAACAGUGCCAUAGUCGGUGGAACUGGACGUGGAUCUCGGUGGAGGCGGCGAGUACGGCGGAGGCGGUCCCGAUGGAGUCGUCGGUGUCACCUCGUCCGGCUUGUGUAUGACGUUUGUA